AUGGGCCUGAAGCGGAAACUGUUUAUGACCAGCUUGGUGCUGAUGCUGAUCGCUAUUCUGCCGGGACUGCCACCCAAAACGGUGUUCCCGUUUAGGCCGAUUACCAUCGCACCGGUACGACCACUCACCGGGGUGUUGGCCCCGAACCAGUUGCUUAACGGGGCCGAACGCUUGCACGAGGGUGGCCUGCUGCAGCCCGAAAGCGUUAUUGUGCGUGGUAACGUUACCUACGUGUCGGUGUAUGGUGGCAAGAUUCUGGAGCUGGGCGAUCAGGGCUCGGUACGAACGGUGGCCAAACUGGGUCCGGAGUGUGUCGGUACCUACUCGGAGCGUAUCUGCGGACGACCGCUAGGGAUUGAUUUCGAUACCAAGGGAAAUAACCUCAUAGUGGCCGACCCGUACCUCGGCAUCUGGCAGGUGCACAUCAAGACGGGCGAGAAAAAGCUGCUCGUCCCCAAAGCGAACGCCAUCAUCGAGGAUGGCACCGGUAAAUCGGCCCCCCGGUCGAUCACCACCCGUCAGCCGAACAUCCCGAACGGUGUAGCGGUGGCACGCAAUGGCGAUUUCUACUGGUCCGAUACCGCGUCCGACUUUAUCUUCGAAGACGCCAUCCAGGCGUUACUGUGCAACCCGUCCGGCCGGCUGCUGCACUACUCCCGCGUCGAGGGUAAAAGCCGCGUACUGAUCGACGAAGUUUAUGGCGCCAACGGGGUGGCGCUCAGCCCGGACGAAAGCUUCGUGCUGGUCGGGGAGCUCGGCGGUCAGCUGAUCCGCCGGUACUACCUGAAGGGUCCGAAAGCCGGCACGCACGACGUCUUCAUUGACGGGCUUCCGGGGGCGGUCGAUAAUCUCAACGGUGAUGCGCACGGAUUCUGGGUCGGGCUGGUAAUCGCGGCCGACGACAGCAACCCAUCGUUCAUCGCAAUGUUGGCCCCGUUCCCGAAUCUACGCCGACUGUUGGUGCGUUUGUUCGUGCUGGUUGAGGCACCGUUCCGCCUCUGGUACGGCGCGACCGGCAGCGACAUUGCGCUCUGGGUAACGCAUCACGUUGGACAUCUGGGCGGGCUGGUUGCCCUGUUUCCGGACCGUGGCACGGUACUGCGCAUGGAUUGGGAGGGCAACAUUGUGCUGGCACUGCACAACGAUGACACCUCCAGCCACGUCAUCUCGCAAGCGGUUCCGAUUGGUACCGAGCAUCUACUGCUGGGAUCGCCGGUCAAUCAGUGGUUGGGACGCGUGAAGCUAACGCCGGACACAUUGGCCACCCUGAAAAGACAACCUGCACCGGCUGGACCAACGUCGGCAAAGCCUGCCUCGACCGGUGCUCCGCCGAAAGAGGAACUGUAA